ACUGCUCAUUUUACCUCAGAUCUGCAUCCAGUGCGGACAAACUGAAGAAUUCAGCUGAAGAUGAAUAUAAUCGCUGGUGAUAAUAAUCUGUAAUAAUCAUAGUCUAGGAGCAGGUUGAUGUAAACUCCAGACAGACAGUUUGCAGUCAGACAGACGGACGGAGGGACGGAGGGAGGACCCAGACCUCCACCAGAGCCUCCAGCUGCCUCCUCUCAGUCCGACCGGAGCAGCGGAGCUGGGCGGAUGUGUGACCGGAGGAGCCGCUCCGAGCCGCCGGUGGAUGUGAGAGCGUGAGUCCGGGCUGCGGUGGACCUGAGCCGGCCCGGUGUGGAUGGGAUUCCCGCUGCCGGAGGAGGAACCAUGCGGCUGCAGAGCUUCGUGCCGGACCCGUCGGUCCGGUCCGUCCGGUCCGUUCGCCUCCCGCCACCGCUGCUGCUGCUGCUGUUCGGGCUCUGCAGCGGAACAAGUUUCCCAACAAACAUCAACAUUGGAGGUCUUUUCCCCACCGGUUCUCAUGAGUACGAGGUGUUCCGGUUUGCUCUGGCCCAGAACCAGGACGUUCCUAAACUGGUUCCCCAGGUGGACAUGGUGGACACCAGCAGCAGCUUUGCCAUGACCUACGCCUUCUGCUCCCAGUUCUCCAAAGGCGUGUACGCCAUCAUGGGUCUGUACGACCGGAGGACCGUCAACAUGCUGAUGUCUUUCUGCGGCUCGCUCCAUGUCUGCUUCGUCACGCCGUCCUUCCCCGUCGUCACCAACAACCAGUUCGUCCUGCAGCUCCGUCCUCAGCUGCAGGAGCCUCUGAUGGCGCUGCUGGAGCACUUCUGCUGGGACCACUUCGUCUACAUGUACAGCUCUGAUUCAGGGCUGGCGGUUCUUCAGAGGAUCCUGGACACGGCGGCUGAGCGGAGCUGGCAGGUGACGUCGGUGAACCUGGACACUCUGACGGAGGUCUCCUUCAUCAAGCUGCUGGCCGACCUGGACUACAAGAAGGAGUUCCAGAUCAUCAUCGACUGUGAGCUGGAGCGCCUCAACUCCAUCAUCAACCUGAUCGCUGCUCAGAAGAGGAACCUGAAGAACUACCACUACAUCCUCAACAACCUGGGUUUCCUGGACCUGAACGUCACUGAGUUCCAGAAACUGGGUCCUAAUGUGACGGGCUUCCAGCUGAUGAACAGAACCGACCCGUUAGUUCAGAAAAUCAACCAGGAGUGGAUGGAGUUCGAUAGCAGAGACCUGAAGCUGGUCAGGAGGAGAUUAAAGUACACCGGAGCUCUGACCUAUGACGGGGUCGUCGUCAUGGCAACGGCCUUCAACAACCUGCGGCAGCAGCGAAUCGACAUCUCUCGCCGAGGCAACGCUGGAGAGUGUCUGGCCAAUCCGCCGGCUCCGUGGGGGCAGGGCAUCGACAUCCAGAGAGCCCUGCAGCAGGUCCGUCUGGACAGUCUGACGGGUCGAGUCCAGUUCGAUGAGAGAGGACAUCGGACCAACUACACCCUGACAGUGAUGGAACUGAGCCCAGUUGGACCCAGGAAGAUGGGUUACUGGAACGAGAAGCGAGGCUACGUCAACACGGCCGUCUACAAGCCGGUUCUGGAGGAGUUCCACGGUCUGCAGAACAGAACCUACGUGGUCACCACCAUCCUGGAGGCGCCGUACAUGAUGCUGAAGCCGAACCACGAGAAGCUGGAGGGGAACGAUAAAUACGAAGGGUACUGUGCAGAACUCGCCUCGGAAAUCGCCAAACAUGUGGGCUUCAGCUACCGACUGCAGCUGGUGGGCGACGGGAAGUACGGCGCCAUCGACUCCGAGACCAAGAUAUGGAACGGCAUGGUGGGAGAACUGGUGUACGGGAGCGCCGACGUGGCCGUGGCUCCGCUCACCAUCACGCUGGUCCGGGAGCAGGUUAUCGACUUCACCAAACCCUUCAUGUCUCUGGGGAUCUCCAUCAUGAUCAAGAAGCCCACCAAGUCCAAACCGGGGGUCUUCUCCUUCCUGGACCCGCUGGCCUAUGAGAUCUGGAUGUGCAUUGUGUUCGCCUACAUCGGCGUCAGCGUGGUUCUGUUCCUGGUGAGUCGCUUCAGUCCUUAUGAGUGGCAGGGAGAUGACUCAGAUGAUGAAGAUGAAACUCUGCCCUCCUCUUCCUCACGAAGACCUCCACCGACUUCAUCCUCUGAACUCACUCAGUCUCCAGGGAAUCAGAACCAGCAGAAGGAGAAGGAGGCUCCAGAACACACCAAUGACUUUGGGAUCUUCAACUCUCUGUGGUUCUCUCUGGGAGCCUUCAUGCAGCAGGGUUGUGACAUCUCGCCCAGGUCUCUGUCGGGUCGGAUCGUGGGAGGGGUUUGGUGGUUCUUCACCCUCAUCAUCAUCUCCUCGUAUACGGCCAACCUAGCAGCCUUCCUCACAGUGGAGAGGAUGGUCUCCCCCAUAGAGAGCGCAGAAGACCUGGCCAAGCAGACGGAGAUCGCCUACGGGACCCUGGAUGGAGGUUCCACCAAAGAGUUCUUCAGGCGCUCCAAGAUCGCCGUGUUUGAGAAGAUGUGGUCGUACAUGCGCGGCGCCGACCCCACGGUGUUUGUGAAGAACACCAACGAGGGCGUGGUGCGGGUCCGCAAGUCGAAGGGGAAGUACGCCUACCUGCUAGAGUCAUCCAUGAACGAGUACAUCGAGCAAAGGAAGCCCUGCGACACCAUGAAGGUGGGAGGAAACCUGGAUUCCAAGGGCUACGGAGUGGCCACGCCCAAAGGAUCUCCACUCAGAAACCCCGUUAACUUGGCAGUGUUAAAACUGAACGAGCAGGGCCUGUUGGACAAAUUGAAAAACAGAUGGUGGUAUGACAAGGGCGAGUGCGGCACCGGGGGAGGGGACUCCAAGGACAAGACGAGCGCGCUCAGUCUGAGCAACGUGGCGGGAGUGUUCUACAUCCUGAUUGGAGGGCUGGGGCUGGCCAUGAUGGUGGCUCUGGUGGAGUUCUGCUACAAGUCAAGGAUCGAGUCGAGGAGGAUGAAGGAGCUCAUCGACGCCGCCAUGAUGAGCACCACGCUGGGUGGGAUGGCGGUCGCCGGUGGAGGCGUGGCAGCCAGCGGUCUGGGAGGAGCGUCGGGACUCGGCGGUGAAAACGGAAGAGUGGUGGCUCAGGACUUCCCUAAAGCCGGAGCUCAGGGUUUACCCUGCAUGAGCAAGACGGCCGGGCUGGGACUGUCCUCCACCGGCAUGUGACCAAACCCUGCCUCCUGAUUGGACGAGGACCAGAAGGUUUCACUCCAACAGAACUCUGAGGAACAGAGAGCACCUGAACACAACACCUGGGCUGAACAAAUCCUUUUUCUACGAGCGCUGAUCUGAAGCCGCUCCUCUUCUCAAAGACCGGACCUGAGGAGGCUUUUAUUUAUGAGCACGCCUCGUCACUCCUCCUCUUUGGUCACGUUCUCACUAAACGUCACGUCGAUACGGUGGACGCUCGAGCAUGUCGGAACUUUUCUACUCACAGACGAACACCCGAUCCUGAUGGAGAUCCUCAUGGAGAUCCUGAUGGACGCUCCAAAGAUUCUCUGAUCAGGUUUUAGUGUUUGAGCAUGUAAAUUCCUGAAACCUGGAUGUAAACUAAAUGUUAGCUUCAGUGUGAAAUGUGAUGCUUGAUGGUUGUUUGGAUGGACUGAUGCUCCUCAGAUCUACACAUCAACAUGUUCUCAUCCGGUUCCUUCACGAAGAUCUUUAGGUUCCAAUCAGUAAAUUUAACAGAUUAACAAAACAUUCUGUAAAAUUUCUGGUCUGGUAGCUGAAACGAAUCAGUUAAACCAGUUAUUCCAGGAUCUGAUCUCCAGUGGACCGGACCAGUAGAACCAGUAGAACCAGUAGAACUGACAGCAGAACAACCCAUAAACAGCCACAACUCCUAGUGUUUAAACAUGUUCACAUUUAAGGAAUUAUCUUUCUACUAAACAUCAUGACCAACCUGACAUUUAUCAAGAAAAACAAGUUCAGUUUCACCAACAUUCAUCCUCAGUUUAUCAUUUCCUCUUUAAACUUCCAGAUCACAGAGUGUCUACAAAGGAACACAUUUAGACACCUGGACCUGAACCAUGGAGGAUUUACUGGAGGAUCACAACCACAAAAGUCAGAUAAAAAAAGACAAUAAACAACAAAAAAACACAAAACAAUACAAAAAUGAGACACAAAACCACAAAAAUGAAACAAACUACAUAAAAUAAAAGAGACAAAAAAUUAGAAAGUUACAAAGCAACAAAAAAAUGGACAAACAACAAAAACUAACAACUAAGACUAAGACGAACAACACAAGCGAGACAAAAAUGAGAAACAAAAACACGAGACACACAAAAAAGACAAAAAAACAGGAAAGAUAUGAGAAAAUAUUACAAAAAUAAGACACCACGAAACAAAACAGUCAAAAAAAUUAGUGACAAAAAAACGGACAAAUGACAAAAAUGAAGCAAAAAAUGACAAAAACGAGACACAAACCCACAAAGGAAAACACAAAACAACAAAAAAUAAGACAAAAACAAGCAACACAAAAAGGAAACACAAAAGGACAAAAACCUGAGACGGACGGACAGAAAAGAAUAAAAAACAACAAAAACAAGACAAAAAUAAGACACAGAAGAACAAUCUGCUAUUUUACUUUCUGAUCCAAACAACUUGUCAUGGUCUAGAAAUGAUUUUAAAUUUAUAGUUUUACUGAUUUACAAUCUGCAGUUAAUGUCUUCUCUGGAGUUUUUACACUUUGAGGACCGGCAACAGUUUAACAGGAUAGAAGCUUCAAGAUCCACUGAAAUCAGCUGUUUAUAGUAAACCCAGAUAUGGAAUUAUUAGAGUUUACAUUACACAGUAUUAUAUUAUAUUAUAUUAUAUUAUAUUAUAUUAUAUUAUAUUAUAUUAUAUUACAGACGCUGGAUAAAAAUGUGGUUCAUUUGAUUUAUUUCAUUUAAAUAAGAUCGUGAAAGUCUUCAUCCUGAUCAUGGUUCUGUUGGUUUCUGAUGCAGCUCUACUGAAAAACUUAGCUGAUUCUGGUUCUUGUCCUGGUUCUACUUCUGGCUCUGGUCUUGGUCCUGGUCCUGCUACUGGUUCUGGACGAUCAGGACUAACCCUCUGUAUGAUAUGAAUGAAACUCCUGUCUGUCUGCUUUACUUUAUCCUGGUCCAGGUCCUGGUUCUAGUCCUGGUCCUGGUCCAUCAGGACUAACCCUGAAUGAAACUUUGCUUUAUUUUAUCCGUUUAAAAUCUUUGGAUUUUAUCUGUUAUUUAAUAAAAACUCUUCAGAUCCA